ACAAACAACACUACUUACUGUAAAUAAAAAUAAUAACGGAGAAGACGGAAGCACGAGCCGCAAAAAGUUUACGGAAAUCGCAAGCACAAAAAAGUAAAGUUCAGGGCACAAUAACAAAAGAAAUAUUAUUGUACUGUGGCAAUAAAGUGUAAAAUUCUUAUUAAUUUAUUACGCGCAACGUACGCAAAUAAAAAACAAAUUGCCAAAAAUUUGGAGAGCAUUUCAGUGCGCUGAAGUGCCAUUUAAAAGCGCAGUACAAAGAAAUUUAAUUUUAAAUUUCAAACAAAACAAAAAAAAUGUGGCCAAACUUUUUUGCUGUCAUUUCCUUACUGUGCAUUGCAUUACUUGCCUGGGCCCAAGCUGGACCUGUGCCAAUUGUGAAUGAGCACCAACAACUCAUGCCCAAGGUGCCCCAAUGGCAUUGCCUUCGCUAUUUCAAACACGACGUCUUAAUGAUGCGACGAUGCCGGCACUUGCGGGUGCCCACAGCGCCUAGAAUGGGGGAUGUCCUGCUCAGAAAGAAGAAGUAAUUGGAUUUAUGGUUUCACCGAUUUAUGCAACAUAAAUUGUCAUACGACGUCCAAAUCAAGCGCACAAGCCACGCAAAAUGCACAUGACUGAACAACAAGAACUAUAUAACAGGAUAUACAACAAGACCAAAGCUAAACCAAAUAUUAAAAAACUAUGCUAAACUAAAUUUAAGAUGCAACCACUUGUACUUCAUAGUUUGUAAGUUGCAAUACAAGAAACCCUUUGAGGAAUAAAUUUAAA